AUGAAUGAACGUCUAGAGACAGAGUUUAUGAAAGGUAUCGUGCACGUAGCAACAAUUGCGGACGCAUGGAUACUAACAACAGGAUUAAACAGUGGAGUAGCUAAGUUAGUUGGCGAUGGUAUUGCUCAAUCUCGUUUGCUAUCAAAACAGCAGAAAGAAGUGAUUGCCAUUGGAUUAACUCAAUGGGGAAGUUUAACAGAAAAAACGAGGAGUUUAUUUAAACAAAUAUGUAUCACCGAAAAUGAAGCGGAACAGAAUAUUAUUGGAACAAAAUUACUGAACUUGAGGGACAGUGAAACGCUUGAAUGGAAUCAUACCUAUUCGUUGAUGUUUGACAAUGGGCAAUUGAACACAUAUUUAAGCGAUUAUCAACGAUCUGCUUUUGUCCAAGCAGCUGUGAACGAUCUCAAUGAUCCAGAUAAUCCACAUCAUUCAAAAUACUGUGUGUAA